AUGGCCAAAGAAUCCAUGACCAGCUCCGGCGCAACUGCUCUUAACACCUCCAAUUACAAUUCAAAUCGUGGAAGGAUUCAGAAUUUUUUUUUUCAAGAACAAGAAUUCCUCUACUGGCCAGCCUCCGCAAGAAGCAACUCCGGGAACACAAUUUUCUACAAAUUCUACUCGACCCACAUGCCAAAUUUGUGGCAAGGAAAUAGCAUGUCAGCAAUUCAAAAUCUAAUGUCAAAACUUCAAUCCAAUUUUGCACUCAAGCAGCUAGGCGAAAUAUCCUUGUUCCUAAGCAUCCAAGUGCUUCGCCAACCUGCUUGUCUAUUCCUAACUCUGCAGCAUUAUGCAGAAAAAUUAUUACAAGAUUCCGGAUUUGCAGAUUGCAAAGCUGCUCCAACUCCCAUUACACCCAAAGCCAAUUCGAACGACAAUGACAAUCAACCCUUCUCCGAUCCAAUGUUGUAUCGUCGUCUCGCCGGCCCACUACAAUACCUAUCCAUCACUCGCCCAGACAUUGCCUUCACCACCAAUCAAAUCUGCCAACACAUGCAUCAACCCAAUGUGCAGAAUUUUCAAGAGCUCAAACGGCUAUUGCGAUACAUUAAAGGCACCUCAUCUUUCGGGUUGCCAAUCACAACUGGGGAUUUAACUCUCAAGACAUAUACCGAAGCCGACUGGGCAUCAGACCCCUCCGAUCGCAAGUCCAUUUCCGGUCACUGUAACUACUUGUGUUCAAACCUUAUCUCUUGGUCCGUCAAGAAGCAGGUCACGUUCACAAAAUCCUCAACAGAAGCCGAAUACAGAGCUCUAUCCGCAGCCACUUUCGAUGUUGUAUGGCUACGCCGCCUCAUCGUCGACUUCGACCUUGCUCAAUCAACACCAACUACGAUCCAUUGCGACAAUACUUCGGCAAUAGCUCUAGCUAAGAAUCCAAUUUUCCACGCUAGAACCAAACACAUAGAGAUCGACUACCAGUUCAUCCGUCAACACCUUAACUCCAGCAAAAUCUCCAUCACUCAUAUACCUUCAACAGCUCAAAUCACCGACAUUCUAACAAAAUCUUUUUUGCCUGCUCGCUUUCACGACCUACGCCGCAAAUUAACUAUUCAAAAGCUGAAUGAUUAA